AUGGCCUGCGAGAGGUGCAGAUGGCAGGUCCGGAGCCUCGUCCAGGUCGCCAGCACUGCCAGAGCCGCUGCCACGAGGACGACGACGACGACGACGUUGACUACGAGGACGAGUGCGCCGACCACGACCAAGCACCAUGCCCUCCUGUCUCCUCGAACCCCGUCAUCAUGGGCCCAACAGCACCAGCACAGAUGGUUCAGCGGCACGGCUGAGAAGAGGAUCCUCGGCAUGGGAGGCUCCUUGGCCGAGUCGUACCGCGUCCUGGGUGCGUCGGAGCGGCUGUACAAGGUGUGCUCGCGGGCGGCCGACUACCACAUCACCGAGGAGGCGCGCAAGAAGGACGAGGUGGAGCGGCUCGAGGAUGGAGAGGAGCUGGGCCGGCCCGCCGACAAGAACAACGUCUGGCAUAAGACCUUCCAACUACACCCCAGCUUCAGCACCUGGUCACACGUCACCAUGCUGCACCUGUACCUGCUCAACGCGCGCGCGCGGUGCUUUGAGCGCGAGGCCUACCGCAGCUGGCAGCAGCAGCUGGUGGACCACUUCUUCUUCGAGUGCGAGAAGAAGAUGCACCUCGACCACAACAUCACGUCGAGCGCCCUGCGCCAGCGCUACCUCAAGGACAUCUUUGUCCAGUGGCGCGGCCUGCUGCUCGCCUACGACGAGGGGCUUAUCAAGGGCGACGCCGUCCUCGCCAGCGCCGUCUGGCGCAACCUCUUCAAGGGCUCCCCCGCCGUCGACCCGCGCGCCCUGCUCGCCAUUGUUGGGUGGCUGAGGGCCUCGCUGGCGGCGCUCGAGGCUACCUCGGACAUGGUCUUUGCCGAGCGCGCAGAGGAGAUUCUCGCCAAGCCUGUCGGCGUCUUUUGGACCAGGCUCGAGGAGCCGUUUAAGCAGGGUGCUGCCGCUGCCGAGUCUGCUGCCACAAAGCCUCAGCGCGUUCCUGUGCAGACGUCGUCGCCAAAGCCCGCCGCCGCUGCCUGA